AUGAGUGUACCUGAGAAGAAGCGAAAGAAGAAUGGAAGGUCAUGUGUGUUUUGCCGCAGGUCGCAUUUGAUUUGCGAUGAUCAACGGCCUUGUACCAGAUGUGUCAAGAGAGACAUAGCGCAUCUAUGCACGGAUGAAAAUGGAUCGAAUUCUGCUACUCCUGGGCCAAUUGGUGAUCAAGGGAGGUCUUCGAUGGACUUGGGCCCGAACGAGACCGUUGGAUUGCCGGAGACGCAAGCGAACGUGAAUAGCGGGGCUCCGAUGAGCAGAACUUCAAGUCUUUUACCACAACAGCCCACGUUUGUGUCGGAACAUGUUGGGUCAGAGUUCAGCUCGCUGAAUGAGUUUUUAAAUAUGCUGGAGGACCCGUUGCUGAUGAACCAGUCAGGGCAGCAGGCGAAACCGGAGCCUGAAGGCUCCGGUAGUUUCGCCAAUGGCGAUGCCACAUCAGUGGUGAUCGAUCCAAAUCAACCAAACCAGCCUUCAGUGCAUGAUAACACUGCAGCCACUCCCAAGGAGCACUUCUUCCUGACCGCGGCGGACCCGUCAACGGAGAUGACGCCAGAGAACAGGCUGAAGCUGGUGAUCAAUGCAAAGCUAGAGGCAGGUCUACUGCAACCGUACAAUUACGCUCAGGGCUACUCAAGAUUGCAAAACUAUAUGGACAAGUACAUGAAUCAGUCGUCAAAGCAGCGAAUACUGAAACCGCUCUCAACGAUUCGUCCCGCGUUCAGAGCGAUCGCUAGGUCGUUGAAAGACGUGGACCUGGUUCUUGUAGAGGAGGGCUUUGAAAGGAUGCUUUUGUCGUAUGAUCGCGUCUUCACAUCGAUGAGCAUGCCCGCAUGUCUGUGGAGGCGUACCGGCGAGAUCUACAGGGCAAACAAGGAAUUUGCUUCGCUGGUCGACUGCACGGUGGACGAUCUUCGAGAUGGGAGGCUGGCGAUUUAUGAAUUGAUGACUGAAGAAAGUGCUGUCAAUUUCUGGGAGAAAUACGGUUCGAUAGCCUUCGAUAAGGGGCAGAAAGCUGUGCUUACAAGCUGCAACCUUAGGACAAGGGAUGGCAGAAGAAAGAGACCAUGCUGCUUCAGUUUUACAAUAAGGCGAGACAGGUACAACAUACCGAUCUGUAUUGUUGGUAACUUUAUACCUAUUUCCUAA